AUGCUCAUGGAACUUCACCUUGAUGGCGUGAUAAUUUCAUCAAGCGAUUGGUGCUUAGCAUUAUCUUCAUCGACACCUCAUUUGAGAGUAUUAAGCUUGAGAAAUUGUAAUAUUUCAGCUGCGCUUGGUCCCCUCCUCCUAAAUCUUCAUUUCCAUUCAGUCAUUAAUCUCAAAGGGAACAAUUUAUCCACUACAGUUCCAGAAUUCCUAGCAAAUUUUACAAAAUUGACAUCCUUGAGUCUCUCCUAUUGCAACUUGCAAGGUGAAUUUCCUAAUAAUAUCUUUCAGGUACCAACACUUGAAUAUCUUGAUUUUUCAAGCAAUCAACACCUCACUGGUAAUUUACCUGAUGAAUUCCCGCAAAAUGUUUCGUUAAGGCAAGUAUUCCUUAGCUACACAAGUUUUGUUGGUUCGCUUCCAGAUUCAAUCGUUAACCUAAGCACUUUGACCAGGCUUGACUUGUCUGCUUGCAAUUUCAGUGGAACUAUUCCAUCAACAAUAGAAGAUCUCACAGGCUACUUCAUUUAG